UGAAGGAUUGCAGCAGCAGUUAGAUUACCUCCUGACAAAGGGUUUUAUCCGACCCAGCACGUCCCCAUACGCCGCCCCCAUACUGUUCACGCCGAAAAAAGAUGGCGGAUUCCGCAUGUGCAUCGACUACCGCGCCCUCAACAGGAUCACCGUCAAGUCGCGUUACCCGAUCCCGCGAGCUGACGAACUACUCGACCAACUUCGCGGAGCCAAGUGCUUCUCGAAAAUCGAUUUGCGAAGAGGUUACCACCAAAUUCGCGUCGCCGCCGACGACUGUCACAAAACCGCCUUCCGAACCCGCUACGGCAGUUACGAAUACCUGGUGAUGCCUUUUGGCCUCACGAACGUGCCUUCAACGUUCCAGAUGACCAUGAACGGCAUUUUCAGGGAGCUCUUGGAUAAAUGUGUUAUUAUCUACCAAGACGACAUCCUAAUCUACUAAGUCGCGCUCCAUCUCUGCGGUACUUCUCGCCUCUGGGUGCCCGGCUACGAUUUACUUCGUACCCUCAUAAUCCAGGAAUCCCACGACAACCCUACCUCCGGGCAUUUCGGCGUCGACAAAACCUUGAAGAUGGUGCAGAUGAAUUAUUACUGGCCGAACAUGGCCGAUGACGUACGCAAGUACGUGUCCUCCUGCACUGCCUGCCAGAUUAUGAAAUCGUCGCAUCAGCGAGCAGCCGGACUACUACUGCCGUUGGAUCCGCCUGAGCGGCCCUGUCAAUACGUCACGAUGGACUACGUGACAGGACUGCCGGCCGGUCCUAGCGGAAACGACGCCAUCCUCGUGGUCGUCGACCGACUCACGAAAAUGGCGCACUUCAUCGCCUGCCAACAGACAAUCACAGCCGAACAAACAGCGCAACGGUUCCUCGCGAACGUCAUCCGACUGCACGGACUGCCCUCCGCCAUCAUUUCAGAUCGAGACCCGAAAUUCACAUCGAAUUUCUGGCGCCACCUGUGGGACCAGUUCGGCACCAAACUCCAAUUUUCCUCCGCCUACCACCCACAGACCGACGGGCAGACCGAACGCGUCAACCUGACCAUGGAGCAACUCCUUCGAACUACCUGUACUGACCCAUCGACAUAAGAGAAAUCCCUCCCGCUGCUGGAGUUCGGGUAUA